AUUUUCCGUAUGAUGAGAGUGUGUGAGCAUUCACAUUUGACGGAAACAGGGUAGCGUGAGAGUCGAGUCACCUGCCGAAAUCCUAUAGCACCAUUUUGACCAAGGCGAUAUAGCUAACAGCUAUUCGCCCCCCCAUACUUUCUUUAAUUUUCUCCUUCUCCCAUGGUGUAAUUGCUCCAACUAUGGCCGUGGACCUCAUGACGACCGGUUACACCCGAAACGACAACAUCAGUAGUUUCACAACCAAAGCCGAGGAAAAUGCCGUCCAAGAAGCCGCUUCUGGUCUAGAGAGCGUCGAGAAGCUCAUCAGACUCCUCUCCCAAACCCAAGCCCAAGCCCAAGCCCACCAUCAAUUCAACAACAACAAUAGCUCUAGUAAUGAAAUCGCCAUCGCCAUGGACUGCAAAGCCGUCGCUGACGUGGCAGUCUCCAAGUUCCAGAAGGUCAUUUCCCUCCUCGGCCGAACCCGUACCGGCCACGCCAGGUUCCGACGCGCCCCUCUCCCCAACCAACACCAACACACCCAACCUCCCUCCGAACCGCCCGUUCUCCACGCUACCCCGCUGCACCAGAUCCCACCUCCCUCCCUUCACCAAAUCCCCAAAACCGAGAAACACCUCAACGAUUCAUCGUCUAAGACGCUUCAUUUCUCAUACCCCUCCGCCGUUACUUCCUUCGUCUCCUCCCUCACCGGCGACGCCGCCGACAACAAACAACCAUCCCCGGCGGCCACGACCACGACCUCCCACUUUCAGAUCACGAGCCUCUCUCACGUGUCGUCCGCGGGGAAGCCUCCGCUUUCGUCUUCCUCUUUCAAGAGAAAGUGCAGCUCUGAGAAUUUAGGUUCUGGAAAGUGCGGUAGCUCCUCUAGCCGCUGUCAUUGUUCCAAAAAGAGGAAAAUGAGGUUGAAGAGGGUAGUGAGGGUACCAGCUAUAAGCUUGAAGAUGGCUGAUAUUCCACCAGAUGAUUAUUCUUGGAGGAAAUAUGGACAGAAACCAAUUAAAGGAUCGCCUCAUCCAAGGGGUUACUACAAGUGCAGUAGUGUGAGAGGGUGUCCAGCGCGAAAACAUGUGGAAAGAGCUUUGGAUGAUCCAGCUAUGCUGGUGGUAACAUACGAGGGAGAGCACAAUCACACUGUCUCUGCUGCCGAUGCUACUAAUCUCAUUCUAGAAUCGUCUUGAAAUUCGUAGCCAAAAUCAUCUUUUUUCCGUGACAAGGUUUAGAAACGCAAGCCAUCAUUUAAUCAACGUUACAAGUUUUCAACGGGGUGCAAUUAUGGCGUGUUGAAUUGAAUUGCAACUUUACUACUCUAGUCAGUCAGGGGGGCAUUAAAAUCUCCAAAGAAAUUAGUAGUGGGUGUUGUUCCCUUUCCCUGUACACUAUUGGAUUCUUUUUUAUCUUUAUUUUUUUUUUCUCGUUCUCUUCAAGGCUAAAUGGAACAUUGUGAAUCCGUUGCAUCAUUAAAAAAAAUAUUGUCAAGGAUGAUUGUGAUGGUGGAUUUGGUAAGGGAUUUGAAUCUCGAUUUUUUUUUAUUUUUUUUUUAUAAAAAAAGCAAGUGGGUGUUGGUUUUA